AUGGCCCAGGGCCACUGUGAACAAACGGAGACGACAGGUGACAUGUGGUCCUUGGGUGUCAUCAUGUACAUCCUGCUGUGUGGGUAUCCCCCCUUCUAUUCCAACCACGGCCUUGCCAUCUCUCCGGGCAUGAAGAGUCGCAUCCGAAUGGGCCAGUAUGAACUUCCCAACCCUGAAUGGUCAGAAGUAUCAGAGGAAGUGAAGAUGCUUAUCCGGAACCUGCUGAAAACAGAGCCCACUCAGAGGAUGACCAUCACGGAGUUCAUGAACCACCCCUGGAUCAUGCAAUCAACGAAGGUCCCUCAAACCCCACUGCACACCAGCCGCGUCCUGAAGGAGGACAAGGAGCGGUGGGAGGAUGUCAAGGAGGAGAUGACCAGUGCCAGGGAAGGAGGAGUUCUCUCAAGUGACAGGAGAGCUCAGAGGAUCAGGGUUCUUGUCACUGCUGACACCUCUGAUGUGAACCAAUCACCAACGCCCCCCUUCUCCCCAGACCCCGACACCAGCCGGAUCCCCCAGCCCAAGGAUGCCACAGCCCACUGUGGCUAA